AUGGCGGCAUUCUUUCGAAAUAUCAACUCCCGCAUCCGAGCACACCCCGUGCUGAAUUAUGUCUGUUCUACACAUUUUUGGGGUCCCGCCUCCAACUUUGGAAUUCCCAUAGCCGCCGUCAUGGACACACAGAAGAGUCCGGAUUUAAUUUCGGGACAAAUGACCGCCGCUCUCACUAUCUACUCAGCAACGUUUAUGCGCUACUCGCUUGCCGUUUCCCCAAAGAAUUACUUACUCUUUGCAUGCCACUUAGUCAAUGAGUGUUCUCAACUAACGCAAGGAUACCGUUGGAUGCAAUAUCACAAGUGGGGCGGAAAAGAGCAACUCCUAACUCAACAAGCUGAAAGCAGUUUACAGUCAGUAAAAAACAAUGCGGAAUCCGUGACUGAUACCGUGGUCUCAAAAGCUAAGGAGGUUGUUUCAAAGUAA